GAGCCCUUCCGCCUAGCGCCCCCGGUGCCUCCAGCAAGCCUAGAGUCGGCCCGCCCCGAGGGGCGUGAGGGGGCGGGGCUGAGGACUUAGGACUCCGGCCCAUAGACCGCCUCCUGCCGAGCCAGAGCAGGCGUCCCAGUCUGGUGUUGAGAGAGACAUGACGGCGCUGUGGGGGCUCUGGCCCGAGAUGCAGGACACCUGUACCUCGCUGGGGCUGAUGCUGUCGAUCGUGCUGUUCAUGGGGCUGGCCCGCGUGGUCACCCGGCAGCAGCUGAACAGGCCCACUGCCCACGCCUUCGUCUUGGAGUUUCUGGCCACGUUCCAGCUCUGCUUCUGCACCCAUGAGCUGCAACUGCUGAGCGAGCAGGAACCCCUGCAUCCAACCUGGCCGCUGACGCUAACCUACUUCUUCUCGUUGGUGCAUGGCCUGACUCUGGUGGGCACCUCCAGCAACCCGUGCGGCGUGAUGAUGCAGAUGAUGCUGGGGGGAAUGUCCGCUGAGACGGGUGCGAUGAGGCUGUUAGCUCAGCUGAUUGGUGCCCUGUGCAGCAGGUACUGCAUGGGCGCCCUGUGGAGCCUGGGACUGACCAAGUAUCACGUCAGCGAGAGGAGCUUCGCUUGCAGGAAUCCCAUCCAAGUGGACUUGCCCAAAGCGGUCAUCAUAGAGGCCGUCUCCUCCUUUAUCUUCCACAGCGCUUUGCUGCACUUCCAGGAGGUCCGAACCAAGCUUCGUAUCCACCUGCUCUCAGCACUCAUCACCUUUUUGGUCUAUGCAGGAGGAAGUCUAACAGGAGCUGUAUUUAAUCCAGCUUUGGCACUUUCACUACAUUUCAAGUGUUUUGAUGAAGCAUUCCUUCAAUUUUUUAUAGUAUAUUGGCUGGCUCCUUCUUUAGGUAUAUUGCUGAUGAUUUUGAUGUUCAGUUUUUUCCUUCCAUGGCUGUAUAACAACCACACAAUUAAUAAAAAGGAGUAACUAUUCUAAAAGACUCAGACUAAGUUUCAGGACAGUCAAGAUGGAUGUGAUAAAGAUUCUAUCACCUAAUAUUCACACACUGGCUGCACUGGAUUCGUCAGUGUUAUCUUCCUUUGAAGAAACUGCCUUAGAGUUUUCAUCACUGGGACUUAAAAAAAAUUACUGUGAAAAUGAGGUAUCCUGUGUUUUUCAGUUAAGACUUGUUCUUUUAAGCGUGUAUUAAAUGCUGCUAGAAAAGACUCUUUAAAUAUAAAUCUCAAGUGAUAAUUAUUAAUUUUGAUGAAAAAGAAAUUGAGUACAGGGUGAGAAGGGAAGGGAAGGGAAGGUGAUGGUAGGACCAAGAAAGAGUACAUGUAUCAUGUGUCAUGUGUCACCUGAAUGAAAAAGAUUUUUAACCAAAGUACAAACAGUCAUGCUUACAAAACUGGAGAGAGGAUACUUUUCAGCCACUACCUCACACAGUGAUACCAUCAGCAGUGUCAUCUUUCAAUAGGAAAGUUGCUUUUGGAAGUAGAUUAUAUACCUACUCAUACUCAAGGGGGUUCCUGAAUUUUAAAUAUAUUCUAAUCUAAAAUAUUUUCUCUAAAUAGACAAUCUCACUAGCUUUAGUCAAACUGUCAUUCUUUAGUAGAAUAAAGCACUCAUACAAAGUGUAAGCUUUUCACA